AUGGCUUACAAAGAAACCAAUCCCCUCCCACCCUUGGAAUCCGGCGGCGCCGUCCUCUCCAUUGCAGCCUUCGAAACCGGUUGGAUGCAGAUAAAGGCAUCAACUGCAAUCGCCGGACUGAAAGGUACCAAUUAUGCGACCUCCUGGAGAUUUUUCAUACAACAUGAGAAAUCCAACACGAAGUUUUGGUAUGAUUUGGGGGUUGCUCAUGAUCUGUCAUUGUAUCCUCCCAGAAUUCAAAGAGUCCAGCACGCAGUCUUCUCUACAACCCCAGCCGAGCGAGACCCUGCGCAGGAUGUCGUUUCCGUGGGUGCCGAUCCUAACGAAGUGAAAUACAUAAUAGCAAGUCAUGGCCAUUGGGAUCAUAUAUUUCCUGCUGGCAAGUUCUUCCCCAAUGCCAAAGUGCUGUGUGGUAGUGGUACACUCGAAUGGGCAUCCAAAUCAUGGCCCUCCGAGGCCGACAGCACCUUUGAUGGUCGCAUCUGGAAUAAGGAGAAAUCGGAGCUUCCCGUAGAAGAACUACCUUCUCCCAAGGCUUCCCCGGAAAAGUGGCAGCCUCUUGGUCCGUUCAAAAAUGCAUACGAUUUCUUCGGUGAUGGCAGUUUUUGGCUGAUUGACGCCCCUGGCCAUUGCCCUGGGAAUUUGGCUGCACUGGCGCGUGUUAAACGUAAGGAUGGCAAGGUGAAGUGGGCAUUCUUGGGCGGCGAUUGCUUCCAUAGUCACCUAUUUGUCGAGUAUCCGGAGGCUCCGUUUGGCAAGGGAGUGAAGGUCACCCCAACAGACACGUUUCAUGAACACGAAGAAGACGCAAGAGAAAUAAUCAGACAGACUGCAGAGUUAAAGAAGGGCGAAGGUGAGAACGCCUUGAUCUGGAUCGCGCAUACUGGAACUUUGGAGGAUAUCUGGAAUUUCUAA